AUGGCUACCACUAUGUUUCAAGCAGUCAUCCUAGGACUUUUUGUCGCAUCCGGUGCGUUCGCAGAUGUCGUACACCUUAAGAAUGUUAAACAGUGCCAUAAAACGCACACCCAGAACACGAACCACAAUGGAAAUCUUGAGUCUGCAUCCGGCGAUCAUUCGAAUGUGGCUUAUUCACAUCCACCCACAUUCUCGUUUGGUGCAAAGUCUUUCGGUCUCUCAUCUACCCCAGCUCCAUUAGUGUACGGCACCCAACCAACGCCUGCUCCGUUCAUCUUCAAAUCACUUCAGCAUUCCACCCCUGCACCAUUCACAUACAAAGGUUUGUCCUCCGCCUCGGCUUCAUUCUCAUACGGUACUCAACCCACUCCAGCACCCUUCCAGUUCAGUUCAUUCCGGUCUACUCCUGCACCGUUAAUAUACAGCGCACGAACCUUUGCACCAGAGGACUCGUUCAAGUCAAUUGCCGCGUUGUACUCCCAGUCCACUCCUGCCACAUUCGGGAUCGAAUCUCAGUCCACUCCUGCAUCAUUAGCGUUUAGUGAUUCGUCUUCUUCCCCAGUGGUUUCAAUAAAGUCCUACGGUACAGUUGGCUCCCUGCCCACCUCUUCCCCCUUUGAAUACAGUACUUCAUCCUCCACUCCUAACCCGCUUCAAUACAGCACAUCAUCCACAACACCGGAAAACUCAUUCAAAUCCAUAGCCGAUUCCUACUCCCAGUCCACUCCUGCCCCAUUCGCGAUCGAAUCCCAGUCCACAGCCGUACCACUCGCGUUUAGUGGCUUGUCUUCUGGCCCAGCUGCAGCAGUUUCAGUCAAUUCUUUCAACACAUUUGGAUCCAAUCCCAUCCCUGCUCCGUACUCGUACUCACAGGGAAGCGCCUUCACCCAGUACGGAGGUCACUCUGCACCGUCUCCAGCCCACGAGAUCACCAUCAAUCGAGAAAUACCAGUACCAUACUACGUCCAAAUCGAGAAGCGCAUUCCAUACCCAGUGCUGGUGCACGUCCCACACCCAUACCAGGUGACUGUCGAGAAGCACGUUCCAUACGCGGUCCGAGUGCAUGUCGACCGCGCUGUGCCCGUUCCUAGCCCAUAUCCAGUGGAGGUAGAGAAACGUGUCCCGUAUCCAGUUGAAAAGCCAGUGCCGUAUGAAGUUCGCGUGCCCGUCGAUCGGCCAUAUCCAGUGAGUGUGCCAUUUGAGAAACCAGUGCCAUACGCAGUCGAAAAACCAGUACCUUAUCCAGUGCGCGUCAACGUUGACCGUCCGUAUCCAGUCGAGAAACCUGUGCCAUACCCUGUUGCCGUCGAACGCCCAGUGCCGUAUGCUGUCGAGAAGCCUGUGCCGUAUCCGGUCGAAAAGCCAGUGCCAUAUCCUGUCGAGAAGCGGAUCCCGUACCCAGUUAAAUACGAAGUGCCAGUCAAAGUACCGGUCCCCGUCCAGGUCAAAGUGCCCGUGAACGUCGACAGGCCAGUUCCGUAUCCGGUUGAAAAACGGGUCCCAUAUCCUGUCGCCGUACCGUACGAGGUCAAGGUUCCUGUACCCGUCCGAUCACCAGCUCAACGUUUCGCUACCGUCCACUACUAUCAACAGUCACCGAUCGUCGUGCAGCAAGAAUCGUAUAAGUCAUACACUUCCGGAUCGACCGCAGCCCCAGUCACCGACAAUCAAAUUAUUCAAUCUUCGUUCGUGUCUGGAACUGGACAGGCUGGAUCAGAAUACGCUGUCUCUGGCUACACAAAAUCUAACUACGCCGAUUCGGGCCUAGUUCAGGAUAGUGGCUCGUAUGGUUUCGGCCAACAGUCAUUCUAUGGGUCCACAACUCCCGUUCCAUCUUCGACAGCUGGAUACACAGCAUCGUCGUCUUCACCUCAGUUCGAUUCGUCCGGCUUUGAUUCAGUAGCCCAACAAGUUGGUUCCAUUGCUGGGUCUGUGCAGACUGGAUCUGAUUAUGCUGGAUCUGACUUCUCAAAAUCUAACUACGCUGGAUCGGGACAAGCCCAGGAGAGUGGCUCAUACAGUUUCGGCCAACAGCAAUUAUUUGGGUCCACAACUCCAGCUCCAUCUACGACAGCUGCAUACACAGGAUUGUCGUCUUCUCCUCGGUACGAAUCGUUCGACUUUGAUUCACUAGCUCAACAAAUUGGUUACAGUGCUGAUUCCGUGCAGACUGGAUCUGAUUAUGCCGGAUCUGACUUCGCAAAAUCUAACUACGCUGGAUCGGGACAAACCCAGGAAAGUGGAUCAUAUGGUUUCGACCAACAGUCGUUUUACGGAUCCAAAACUCCUGUUCCGUCAUCUUUACCUCAGUCAGAAUCGUCCAACAUUGAUUCAUCAAACCAAAAAGUUGUUUCCAUUGGAGGGUCCAGGAAAACUGAAACUGAUAACGCUGGAUCUGACUACGGAAAAUCUAACUAUCCCGGAUCGGGUCAAACCCAGGAGAGUGGCUCCUACAGUUUUGACCAACAGUCGUUUUACGGAUCCAAAACUCCUAUUUCAUCUUCGAUAUCUGGAUAUACAAAAUCAUCGUCUUCACCUCAGUACGAAUCAUCCAACUUUGAUUCAGUAAACCGACAAGUUGAUUCCGUUGGUGGAUCGGCCACCGCUGAUUCCCAGCAAACUGAAAAUCUUGAAGUUGGCAAAAAAUAG